CUUGGUAUGACUUUUGCUCCAUCUCUGCCUAAGCCUAGCAUGGUUAUUUGUCGCAUCUUGUUGCACGAACUGAGAUCUGAUCGCUGAACAAUGGUGUCGCCGACACUUGCGCUCUGAACACCAAGGCAUCUUUGCACCACAGGUCGCUGGAUAAUGGCCGCCCUGGCUGAAUUGCUCGCAAGACGAGCCGGCCUGGUCAUCGAACUUUCGCGCGAUGCGGGCAUACUUGACCGGUCCACCAUCGAGAAAAGAGUCUCUAUACCAUGUUGCAACAGCAGCAGUCCAGCCGGCCUUGUCGAAGCUCAUGCUCUCGAUCCCUGGGAGAAGUCUGGCAAGUAUGCCUUGGGGUGGGUGUAUUUCAGCAUCAUCCUCCUGGUUGUGACUGCUGCAGUACGCUGGUAUCACUUCUGGCAUGACAAGAUUCGCGUUGCCUCGCACAAGGAGUCACUGGAAGAGUUCGCAAAGACGGCCUCUCCCGCAACCGACUAUGCGCUGUCCGCGUUAAGCACCGACAGGUCGACACGAAAGUUCUUCCCGAGAGAAGAGAAUCCGAUGCCGAUGGCAUCGCAGCCGGACGCUGAGCACUCCAUGUCAUGGAUUAUCCGCAACAUUCUGGCACUCUUCCGCUAUGUCUUUUAUCGUUCCAUCCCGAACGUGCGUAUACACAAGCGCAUCAGACCAAUCGUCUUCCCUCCGCUCGGAGUCUGUUUUCUCAUUUUCGCCGCAACGGCAUUCACUCUCCUAUACUCGUUCUUGCCACGCCCGCUUUACUUCACAUCGAUACAAUAUGGAUCACCGCCACUUGCAAUACGAUCAGGCAUGCUCGCAGUGGCACUCAUGCCAUGGAUUGUUGGACUGAGCAUGAAAGCGAAUUUUAUCGCACUUUUGACUGGAAUUGGGCAUGAGAGACUGAACGUGCUACAUCGAUGGCUCGCAUAUGUCUUUCUUGUUUUGAGCAUUGUUCACACAGUGCCUUUCUACGUCACUCCGGUAUGGGACGGUGGUAUGCAAGAGUUCCACCGAUUGCUCAAAGCUCAACAAUCUGGCGUCUACAUUUAUGGAACAGGAAUCGCCGCCCUGGUCCCGACUGUCUUUCUCUGUGUACAUUCUCUUGGGCCGAUUCGACGCAAAUUCUACGAAAUCUUCGUCGUGAUUCAUGUCCCGGUCUCGAUCAUCCUCUUGGGCAUGCUUUUCUGGCAUUGCCACAACUACCUUACAUCAUGGCACUAUUUGUGGGCGACCGCAGCAAUCUGGGUCGCCUCGUACCUUACUCGGCUUCUGUAUCUCAAUUGGACAAAUCCCUGGCGAAUGUCCUGGAUCGUUGGAGAAGAGGCUGCAGUGACUGUGCUGGAGGCUGAUGCUGUUAAGGUCACUGUACCGACUCAGGUCCGAUGGAAGCCAGGCCAGUAUGUGUACCUCCGCAUGCCCGGUGUCUCAUUCUUUGAAAACCAUCCCUUCACGAUUGCUUCCAUGUGCAGCGACGACUACCCAUCGGAGUACGGGGAGGAGUAUCGAGACAUGGUGCUCGUCUUCCGGCCAUUCGGCGGUUUCACCAAAAAGGUUCUGGAUAGCGCGCUCGACCACGGGCCGUGGUGGACGUAUCGAGCGUUCAUCGAUGGGCCUUAUGGUGGUAUGCGUCGCAGUAUGGACUCGUUCGAUCACGUCGUUUUGAUUGCCGGCGGAACCGGAAUCACAGCGAUAGUCUCACAUCUGCUCGACCUCAUUAGGCGCAUGCGCGACGGCAAGACUGUGACUAAGGAUAUUCACCUAAUCUGGGCCAUGAAACGUCCAGAGACCAUGGAGUGGUUCAAAGAAGAGCUUCGCAUAUGUCGUGAAUUUGCGCCACCUGAUUCGGUGAGCUGCCAAUUCUACAUCACUGCGGCAAAACGUCAAAAGAAUACAGGAACUCUGGUGAGCGCCCAAACUCCGGGACGACCAGUGAGCAUGGUGUUCCAUGACAAGGUCAACGAUGUCUUUCAGAGUAUUGCCAGCAACAGAUUCUCAAUGGCUUCGAACAGGCAUUCAGCAUUGAUUGAGGCCGAAGCUAAUGGCAAUCCGGAGCGGGAGAAAGAGCUCCGGGAUGAGAACACGGAUCGUCUGCAACCACUUCCGCAGGCACAUCUCAAACCGAUGCGAACUCCCUCACAAAGGCACCUGGCUCCUCCUUUACCGAAUAGCUUGCCUCCGACGCAGGACACACCACACAUGCCUCCGCAUCCAACGCUUCACGAGAAGCGCAGAUCCAAACAAUUGUCCGUCGACAUCACAUCAGCCCAGAAUGCUCAAGCAGUGCAAAUGCAACAAGUGGCAGAGAACAAAGACCAGGGCUUCGAGUUUAGCUUUCCGUCAACGCCGACUGAGUUCCAGAAGAACUUGAUGCGUUUCGCCUUUAUGCCUCGCGUAGCUAACAAGUCGAGGAAGGGAGGCUGGAGUGUCGAAUGGGGGCGUCCGGAAAUACCUUACAUGCUCAAAGAGCUGAGCGACGAAUGGACGGGGAAGAAGGCGUGUGUCUUCGUCUGUGGCCCACCGAGCAUGCGGACAGAUGUCAGCACAGUGGUGGCAGGACUACAAUCGAAGGUGAUGGGGAAUAAAGGUCUCCAUGAGAUCUACCUCCACGCCGAGAACUAUGCGCUAUAACGAUGUGUACAGUACGACUUGAGAUACCCAGGCUGCGGAUUUUUGUAUAUAUGUAUUUCUACCUGCAUAUUGAAGCGAUUUAACGACGAUGUCCUUCACUUGAUGUCUGCCACC